GUGCCGUUUGCGUUUUGGCUGGCGGACCACGGGCUGGUGAGAAACGGCGACGAUGAAAAGUAAUCCCGCUUCAACAUAUUUCUUCGCUUCAUCUGCUGCCUGCAAAGGUUCCCGUCCAUAGGAGAUUGGAUCUUCGCGAGUAAGCGCCGGUUUCGGAUUUUUCCCGGCUGCAUUGCGUGGCCCUUUGUGUGCCCAACGAAGAGCUGCAAGCAUUGUUGUGUGGGGUGGAGAGUUUUCCAGAAAUUUGCCGGCAAAUGAAUGGCGUGUAGUGUAAAGAACCAGAACCAUACUGUCUGCUGUUGUGAGAAAUUCCAAGCAGAGAGGGCAAACCAGGCACACUAUUUGCUGCUGACAGUAACGUGGCAUCUCAAGUUAAUUGGGGGUUCACGAUUGCUGAGUGGUUCUCCUUGAGCUUCCUUGUUUUUCCCCUGCUUUCAUUGGACAAAUGAUUUCGGCGCCUUGAUGUACCUUUCUCAAGCAUUUUGUCGAAGUAGAUGGUGGGAAAUCUGCUGUACGUCUUGCGUGGGUCGGGAUGGUGUGGCUUUCGUCUGUUCUCCGCUGCUGACCCUCAUCGGCGUCGCGGCACCAGCGGGCAUGCCAUGUCUUGAAAUGUGCAGCGGCGGACAGGAAUGAGUUGAUGGAGAGUUAAUAGACACGGAAUGCCUAACCAUUCUGCGGGGCCCUUUAUUCUUCAUCGUUCAGGGAGUGCAGAAAGGUUGCCGUCGCGAGCAUACAGGCAGCCCACGGGUUGAAGGGCGGAAAAAAUGACGCUGAUGCACCAGUGUUGAUUGUUUAUGGCUGCCCACGCUCAUAAUGUGUCGACUGUACACUUUUCGAGGGGCAAUUGUAGAUUUCAGGACGCUGAAGGUACAUGUGUUGUGCGCCCCCAAGUGGUUCGUUCGUGUUGCUUGCAUACUGUUCGUUUCGGGCGUUAGUAGGAUUAGUAUGACUGCCGCAUAUCUGUUGUCAGUUGAAGUUGCAUGUGCAAAGGCGGAACAGUUCACAUACAUUUAUGCCCUUCAUGUUCAAGUGUGAGUCAGCAUGCGGAGAAAACCAGUUGAUCGGCUUCAUUCAAUGCCUUCUGGGGCACCGUGAUUGUGGGUCAGUCGCUGUAUGGGUGGCAGUACCAGGAGAAAAAUAUCUCCACAUGAGAUGUGUUCGGCCAUGCCCAGCGAGAUGGAAGACAAUCGUGACAGGACCUCAUAAGGAUAGUUUAUCCCUCUCGACGUGGAUGGUGUGCGUGUGGCGUGCAAUCGCGUGCACCGAGUUGGUUGAGGUGAAAUGCACGGAGCAACAUGUGCAGUGUGUAGGCGUGCUCAUUCUGUCAGGCGACGGGAGCGGUUGCUCCCAAGACAGAAGUCAACUGGAGAACCUUUCGGCCACGUCUUCAACUGAUUUGAGUCGGGCAUCCCCAAAAGCGUCCAUGUGUAUUUUUAUAGCUGAUGGUGUCUUUGCUCUGCAGGAAGGCACGAUGUCGAACCCCGCGUACUUGUACGAGACGCCGCUGGAAACGCGCGUCCACACUGUGAAGGACGUCAAGGCGGACGCCUUCAUCGCAUUGUACGCGAACCACCUGAAGAAGCGCGGCAGAUUUCAGCUCCCCAAAUGGAUCGACUACGUUAAAACUGCUCAUGCUAAGGAGCUUGCUCCGUAUGACCCGGACUGGCUCUACAUUCGCGCAGCGGCAAUUCUUCGACACCUGUACAUUCGCCCCGACUGCGGAGUUGGUGGAUUCCGAAAGGUCUUCAGCUGCAGACAGAGACGAGGAGUGAGGCCCAACCACACAUCCAAGGCCAGUGGCAAGAUCAUCCGCUACAUUCUGCAGCAAUUCGAGGAGAUGGGCCUUGUCGAGAGCGACCCCGAGAAGCCAGGACGCCGUUUGACGAAGAAUGGUCAGAGGGAACUCGACGUUAUUGCUCGUCAGUGUGCCAAGCCCGCUGUGGCAUCUGACUAAGGUAGUACCCCUAAUAACUGAAGGCUGGGUGUAUCCUCUGGGCCCUUCCGUUUUGUGUGCCGCUCACUACAAUAUUUUGUUGAAGGUUACUGAUGUCCAAAAGUCGCUGGCGGCUCACCAGCUGGAGAGCACCCACUGCUGCAUGGUCGAAUCGAGUUGCAACGGAUGUUGCUGAUCUGCACUGUCGUGCCCUUGUUCUGAACCAUCCUGUUGAGGGUGGGCGGAUCCCGUCUUUUGAGGGUAAUGAACUGAUUUCCCCGUCGAAUGGAAUCCGACCCUUUGCUACCUUGAGGACUCUGGCUGGUUGGAAACGUAAGCGGUAGACUGGUGUUGUGUGACAACGCGGAAUAACCCCUCCCUGUCAGCAGCAGGCGGCCAAACGAAACUACGCCGUAGAUCGCAAC